AUGACCUGGGCGAUUGACGGCGUGCCCAAAUGGACUCUACGACAGUCCGACCUGGGCGAUGCCGGCGCCUGGCAAGUGUUGGCUGCUGAUGGGAAGAUGGUGCUGUUCAAGGUGGCUGUUGGGGGCGCCUUUGCCGACGCCGUUGCCGGCUUCAAGACGCCUACAAACGAGACGGUGGGCGGUAGGGGCGCUGCCAUGGAGGGUGACUAUGUGGCCGUUUAUGCCUCCUGA